AAAAAUUCAGUCUCUUUUUUCAUACAAGAUUUAAUGUAUGCACGUAUAAGCCAAUUGUUUUCUAGCACAAAAUCUCACUCAAGUUUAAAUUUCUCUACCUUUCGUGUGUUGAAAUAUACCAUGUCAAGAAGAAGCUCUCGUCUUGCAGAGAAACAACAACCAAGUUAUAAUGAGAAAAUAAACAAUGACGCUGGUGAGUCAUGUAAGAAUGGGCCAUCACCCAGAAAGAAAAAAAUAAUCAAAAAAGAAUCGUAUUCAAAACCUAAGAUUGUGAAAAAGGACUCGGAAAAGGAGAAAUCUGAAUCUUUUAAUAGUUUGAAUCAAAAUGAUACUGAAAAAAAUAUCAAAACAGAAAGCAAAGGCAAAGAAUCUAAAUUCUGUUCCAACAUGAUUAUUGGUUGUCAUACAUCAAUAUCAGGUGGAUUAUGGAAAGCACCAGAAGAGGCAGAAAAAUUUGGAGCUAGAGCUUUUGGUUUAUUCACACACAAUCAACAGCAAUGGAAAAUGAAGCCGUUAGUAACUGGACAUGCAAAGCGUUUUCAAGAGACCUGUCAAAAAUAUGGAUAUGCUCCUAAUCAUAUUGUACCACAUGGGUCAUAUUUGAUGAAUUGUGGGUCUGCCAAAGAUGAUGUGAGGCAAAAAAGCUGGGGAAUGCUUGUUGAAGAACUAAAAAGAUGUGAGGAACUUGGAUUGGUUUAUUUUAAUUUCCAUCCCGGCUCAACCCUUGGAAAAAUUUCAGUAGAAACUUGCUUAUCUUAUAUUGCAGAGGCAAUCAACAAAGCUCACAGUGAAACUAAAUUUGUAAUAACUUUACUAGAAAAUAUGAGUUGCCAAGGAAACACAGUGGGUGGCAAAUUUCAUGAAUUGAGGGAUAUUAUCGAAAUGAUCGAAAACAAAGAUAGAGUGGGAGUCUGUAUCGACACUUGUCAUGCUCAUGCAGCUGGUUAUGAUCUAUCUACAGACGAGGGUUAUAAUAUUUUUACAGAAGAUUUGGAGACUAUAAUUGGGUUACAAUAUGUCAAAGCUUUCCAUCUUAAUGAUUCCAAAGGGCCAUCUGGUUGUCAUAAAGAUCGGCAUGAAAAUAUUGGAAAGGGAACAAUUGGGUUAAGGGGAUUUGAAAGAGUUAUGAGAGAUUCACGUUUUGAAGGAAUCCCAAUGAUUUUGGAAACUCCAUUUUUUAAUGAUAGCAUUUAUACAAAGGAAAUUGAGCUGUUGUAUAGUCUUUAAACCUGUUACCCGCAAAAUAUUAUGUUGGUCAUAUUGAUAGUGGGGAAAAUUUCAGAAAUUGAAAACUCACAUCGAAAGCCAUUGUCACGCAUUCACAAAUUUUCAGCUAUUCACUCUGGCAGUUCUGUUAGAAAUGAAUAAAAUACACUCACAAUCAUGAGACAUAAAAAUCCAUAAAAGCUUCAAUAUGAAGACCAAAAUCUUUGCUGUCAAAUUUUAGUUUUACCUGAAAAUUGUUUGAUGCUUAUUAAUUUCAAGUUCUUUAUAUUUCUUUCAGUCAAUCAUAAUUCAUUUCUAAAAUUUUUUAUCAAUCUUUUUGCAGAAA